ACAGAGCUCUAUCUGGCCAUGUACGUCACGCUGACUCACUUCAUGACAGCGGAGGUUAUAUCACACUGAUCAACAUUAAACUUCAUCUAACAUCAUUUCUGAGAGCAGCAGACACUGACACUGGCAUGAAACCGCUUCAAGCUUUUAUUCCGCUCAGAUCCCGCUGUUAGCUCCGCUUGCUGGAAGAGAAAACUGCUUCAGAGGAAACUCGGACACAGUUAAAUCUGGUUUUAAAUAUGUCCUGUUCAUGCAGACCCGCAGUGAGGGUGCUUGUAAAGUCAGUUCAUAAAGGUUUUUCCUGUUCACGUGUUCAGCUCUUCAGCCACACGAGACCAGCGUGUGAUCAAGUUCAUCUACCUCUGUUUGUGCGCGUGAGAUCAUUUUCACAGACGGCAGUGUGUUUCGCCUCUAAAGACAGCACACCUAGAGACGGCGAUGGCGGAAAGAAGGGUGUAGGUGAGGCGGGUGGAAAGCGGGCGUCAGGCAGUGGAGGCUCGGGGAAAGGUGGCAGUCAGCUGAGAUGUCCGAAAUGUGGAGAUCCUUGUACACACGUGGAGACUUUAGUGUCCUCCACACGGUUUGUGAAAUGUGAAAAGUGCCAUCAUUUCUUCGUGGUUCUGUCUGAGACGGACUCCAAGAAGGGUUUGAAUAAGGAAGCGGAGAGCUCGGAGCAUAUUAAAUUUGCAUUAGCUCAGAAACCCCCUCCACCUCCUAAAAAGAUUUAUGCCUACCUCGACAAAUAUGUUGUUGGCCAGUCAUACGCCAAGAAAGUGUUGGCAGUGGCCGUCUAUAAUCAUUACAAACGGAUCUACAACAACCUCCCGGCUGCAGGCCGACAGCAAGCGGACCCAGAGAAACAGAGUGCCCUCUCUCCCAGAGAGUUAGAGAUCAGAAGACGUGAAGAUGAAUACAGGUUUACAAAGCUGCUUCAGAUCGCUGGCAUCAGUCCCAGUGGCAACGCUCUGGGUGCGUCGGUCCAGCAGCAGACCAAUCAGCAAGCUCCUCAAGACAAAAGGGGCAGGGAUGUGCUGGACUCCGCCCACACUGAUAUUAAGCUGGAAAAGAGCAACAUUGUGUUGCUGGGACCUACUGGAUCAGGUAAAACCCUGCUGGCCCAGACUCUGGCUAGAUGCUUGGAUGUGCCCUUCGCCAUCUGUGACUGUACCACCCUGACUCAGGCGGGGUAUGUAGGCGAGGACAUAGAAUCUGUUAUUGCCAAACUUCUGCAGGAUGCCAACUAUUCAGUCGAGAAAGCGCAGCAAGGCAUAGUGUUCCUGGAUGAGGUGGAUAAGAUUGGCAGUGUUCCUGGAAUUCAUCAGCUGAGAGAUGUCGGGGGCGAAGGAGUUCAGCAGGGUUUGCUGAAAUUGCUUGAGGGAACAAUCGUUAUUGUUCCAGAGAAGAACAGCAGAAAGUUGAGAGGAGAGACAGUGCAAGUGGAUACAACCAACAUUUUGUUUGUGGCAUCAGGUGCUUUCAAUGGGCUGGACAGGAUCGUCAGCCGUAGGAAAAAUGAAAAGUAUCUUGGAUUUGGGACUCCUUCUAACCUGGGCAAAGGACGUAGAGCUGCAGCAGCUGCAGAUCUGGCCAACAGCUCAGGAAAUGAAGCGGACGUAAUAGCAGAGAUUGAGGAAAAGGACCGGCUCCUGCGGCUUGUUGAAGCACGGGACCUCAUCGAGUUUGGCAUGAUCCCAGAGUUUGUGGGCCGUCUGCCUGUGGUGGUGCCACUGCACAGUCUGGAUGAAGAGAUGCUGGUGCAGAUCCUUACAGAGCCUCGUAAUGCAGUGGUCCCUCAGUAUCAGGCCCUCUUCAGUAUGGAUAAAUGUGAGCUGAAUGUAACCCCAGAUGCAUUACGGGCAAUCGCCCGUUUUGCACUGGAACGGAAGACAGGAGCCAGGGGUCUCCGCUCCAUCAUGGAGAAGCUCUUGCUGGAGCCCAUGUUUGAGGUGCCUCAAUCUGACAUCAUUGCUGUGGAACUGACUAAGGAGGUGAUACAGGGCAAAUGUGGACCACGUUACAUUAGAGCUCCUCCCAAAGAAACAGAGGAAGAGUUUGACUCCGCCUCUGAGGAAGACAACUGGCCCAGACAUGCUGAUGCCGCCAAUAACUGAACGGGAAGCUGUUGCUUGCACGUCACGUCAUUAUUGCUCAAAAGCCAUCACAAUGGAGUCCUUCUAGCUGGACCUAAACAGAGAGCUGUGUUUGUAUAUUUUUAAAUGACAGCACAAUUAAUAACAUUUGGAAUAUGUAUUACAUUAAAUAUGGUGCAUUUAAUAACCUAAAGCAGCCAGAGAGAUAUGAAAAGUGUUAUUUAAAAAACAUACACUAACAUAGUAGAGGUCUAGCUUAUUUUCAAUCUCUGGCAAUUGAUGAUAUUUCUAUCUGUCUAAAGAUAAUUGUUCUAUACUUAUAAAGACGUUAGUGGGUGAUUUAUUGCUUUUUGUCGGUGUGCGAACAUUAUAAGGGAAGUAUACAGAUUAUGUAAAAUUUCAAAAUGUUGAAUUUUAGUAUUUCUGGUGCAUAAUACACCUAUCACAUAUGUCCUGUUUCCGCAGGACACACUGAUAUCACACAUGAGGAAUAUUUUCUUAUGACUCUGUUUUAACCAUGACGUUCGAUUCUACAGCACAAGCCUGUUAUGUACAUCUGAUUUUUAGGAUUUACUGUUUUUGAGACAGCUGUUAACUUAAGAACUGAACAAAAACAAUGCGAUAAUAAUAAAUUUGACAAAAUUUGCAUACA